AUGGAACAGUUUUCUAUUAGCAACGCCGGCCAACAAGAAACGACCCAGUUUGGUCAACGCAUCAACAAUACGGAUAGCUUGAAAGCUGGCUUGCGUGGUCCAACCUUGCUUGAAGAUUUUAUGAUGCGUGAAAAGAUUAUGCACUUUGAUCAUGAAAGAAUCCCUGAACGCGCUGUUCACGCUCGCGGUGUCGGUGCUCACGGUGAUUUUGAGCCGUAUACUGACUGGUCCAAUAUCACUGCUGCCAAGUUCUUGCGUACACCAGGUACCAAGACGCCUGUGUUUGUGCGGUUUUCAACUGUGCUUGGAUCUCGUGGGUCUCCCGAUACAGUCAGAGAUGUUCGCGGCUUUGCUACUCGCUUCUACACCGAAGAAGGUUUAUUCGAUCUUGUGGGUAACGCAAUUGCUCCAUUCUUUGUGCACGAUGCAAUGAAGUUUCCUGAUUUGAUCCACGCUGGCAAACCUGAACCGGACACUGAAACCCCUCAGGCCGGUACAGCUCAUGAAACUGCUUAUGACUUUUUUGCAGAGUUCCCCGAAACUCUUCACACUGUCUUUUGGGCUUUGAGUGGUCGUGGUAUCCCGAACAGUCUCCGUCAAGUUGAGGGCUUUGGCGUUCAUACCUUCCGACUGAUCAACGAAGAGGGUGUCUCUCACUUUGUCAAAUUCCAUUGGAAGCCAUUACAAGGCCUUUCCAACAUGCUUUGGGACGAAGCCCAAAAGGUGUGUGGCAAGGACAUUGAUUUCCACCGUAACGACCUAUACACUGCCAUUAACAACGGCGAUUAUCCCGAAUGGGAAUUGGGCGUCCAAAUUAUCCCCGAAGAAGACGAAGACAAGUAUGACUUUGACCUGACCGACCCUACCAAGAUUGUUCCUGAAUCGCUUGUCCCGGUCACACGUUUGGGCAAACUGACAUUGAACCGCAACGUCGAGAACUACUUUUCGGAAACCGAGCAAAUCACAAUGCAUCCAGGCCAUGUCGUCCGAGGUAUUGGAUUCACCAACGACCCGUUACUGCAAGGCCGUCUUUUCAGUUACCUGGACACCCAGAUCAACCGUAUGAACAGCGCCAACUUUAUGCAGAUCCCGAUCAACCGCCCCGUCAACCCGGUCCACAACAACCAACGUGAUGGAUACAUGCAGCAAAACGUGCACAAGGGUAAAGUCGCUUAUUACCCCAACGGCUUGCAAGACAACACACCUUCCAUGGUCGAAGCUGACCAGGGCGGCUACAUUGACUAUCCCGAAAAAAUGGGUGGCGUCAAGCAACGUGGCAAGUCCGCCAAGUUCUUUGACUACUACACCCAAGCCCGUCUUUAUUAUAACUCGCUCACGCCUGCCGAAAAGCAACAGAUGAUCGAUGGUCUCCGUUUCGAAAUCGGCAAGUCGAAAUCGCUCGAUGUCCGCAAGCGCAUGAUUACCGUGAUCAACAAUGUCGACAACGAUCUCGCUCGUCGUAUUGCCAAGCGUAUCAAUGUUCCCUUGCCCGAAAAAGUCGUCGACAACGAUAACAAGACCUCCGUCGGCAUUUCCAUGGAAGAGUAUCCCAAGCCCGCUCAUAUCAAGACACGUACCGUUGCUAUUCUUACUGCACCUGGCAUUGACACGGAUGAAGCCAGUGCUAUGUUUGACUACCUCACUGAGCAAGGCGCCUACCCUAGCUUUGUUGGUAUCAAUCUCGGCGAUCAAGAAGGCUUGAACAUUACCACGACUUAUUUGCACACAGCUUCGGUGCUCUAUGAUGCUGUCUACGUUCCCGGUGGCAAGGAAGGUAUCAAGACCCUCAUGAACGAUCUCUCCGAGUUCCCCUAUGAAGAACCCAAGAACUUUAUUGUCGAGGCCUAUCGUCAUUGCAAACCAAUCGCUGCCAGUGGUGAAGGUGUCAAGUUUGUUGAUUCCGCACUGGGAGAGAAGAACAGUAAUCAGGAUGGUGUUGUUACUGGCGAAUCACCUAGCAGCAUCCAGGACGAAUUUAAGGCCGCACUUAUUCAGCAGCGAUUCUGGUCCAGAUUGUACUUGGAUCAUGAGUAA